GGGGGAGAGGUACGGAGGGUAAAAGCUACCGGAACACCGCAAAAUCAGGCCCGGUGGAAAGACAGAAACCAGAAGGUCCUGAACUCCAAGGAGGACCAAUGGGAAUUCUGACCACUUCAGUCACAAAUGACUCCAUUAUUAGACCAGUGGGAUUUUACAUUGUAGGACUUACCUAUUUAAAGUUUAGUCAUGUAUAUUUAAUUUUCCUCGCCGUUGUUUAUAUUGUAACGGUUUUGUUUAAUUAUGUUAUCCUUUCCAUUAUAUGGAUAGAUCAUCGCCUACACAUUCCGAAAUACAUCGCUGUGGCAAAUCUGGCGAUCGUCGACUUGGUGUUCAGUACAUCUGUCAUUCCUUGUAUGAUAAAGACAUUUCUCCUGAAAGAUAACUUCAUUUCAUACAACGCAUGUCUGACGCAGAUGUUUUUUUAUUACUGUUUUGUGGCAUUACAAUCAUUUUCCCUCACUGUACUUGCAUAUGACAGGUUCAUUGCGAUAUGUUUCCCACUGAGACAGAGUUCUAUAAACACAAUCACCGCCAUGAUCAGUAUUUUAGGGACUGUUUGGUCAAUUUGUGUAAGUGGUAUUGUGUUCGCGGUCAUAAUUAUGACCCGGCUGUCUUUCUGUAAUUCGGUUAAUGUGCAGAGCUACUUUUGUGACUACACUCCCAUGUACAGACUAGCUUGCAAUGAUAACAGAUUGCAGUGGAGCACCGCCUCUGCUGUGGGUUUCAUUAUUGUGUUUGUACCCCUUAGUUUAAUCGUGAUAUCAUACACGUCUAUUUUGACAGCAGUGUUUAGAAUGAAAAAUGUAGAUAGUAGAUACAAAGCACUUCUAACUUGCACAGAACAUCUUGUUCUAGUGGCGAUCUCCUACGCGCCGAUCACGGCGGUGUGCAUCAUCGAACUUUUCUUUUUCCGACUCGAUCCAGAAGUCAGAAUACUGAACUUGUCUUUAGCGAAAUGCAUCCCGCCCUGUCUGAACCCCAUUGUGUAUUCCCUGGCAACCAAAGAAAUAAAGAACAGAAUACUGGCUAUGCUCCAGAAAGUCAAAGUAGCAGCGUGGUCAGGGCAGCUGUAG